AUGCUGGGCGUCGACUACAGCGAGCGCAGCGUGGCGCUGGCGCGGCAGAUUGCCGCGGCGAGGCGGGCCGCGCAGGAAGACGAGGACAAGGACGUCGAGAGCGAGGGCGAGGGCGAGGCGCAUAUUGGUUUUACAGAGUGGGACGUGCUGCGCGGGGACUUUGGCGCCGUGCUCGACGGCCGGCAGCGCGAGGGGUGGUCCGUCGUGCUGGACAAGGGCACCUUUGACGCCGUGUGCCUCUCUGGCGAGCAGGACGCCGCGACGGGGAGGCGCGAGGGCGGCCUGUUUCUCGUGACGAGCUGCAACUGGACCGAGGACGAGCUGAGGGCGUGGUUCGAAGGGGCUGGCGACGGCGGCGCCGGGGGCAAGCUCGUCAUGGUCGGGCGGGUCGCAUAUCCGAGCUUCCAGUUUGGCGGCGCCAAGGGGCAGGCUAUCAGCACGGUCGCCUUUCAGAGGCAGAGGGCCUGA